CAGUCACGGCAAUUGAAAUCGAUAGCUACUACAGAAAGAACGCAUUCGUUGGUAAAAACCCAACAUACCCAAAAAACCUAAGCUAGAACAACCUCAAAAUGAUGAGACAAGCUUUGACUAUUUGCUGCCUGGUUUUGGUGGCAUCCGUGUACGGAAACACAGUAUCCACCAAUGAUACUGCCUGUCCUGUUAUGUGUCCCAGCAUAUAUAAGCCAAUUUGCGGAACUGAUGGCCAGAACUUCAAGGAGUUUGCAAGCGACUGCAACCUGUUGUCCCAUAAUUGUCGCCGCGAAAGGAACAGCCUGCAGGUCUAUGCUGCCACCGAUGCCGCCUGGUGCAGCUCCGAGUUCGUCGAGAAUCUGCACGAGAGGCUGGGCAACUUCAAGCUGGAGGUCCAGGAGUGCUUCAAGCCCUGCUCGAUGAUCUACCAGCCGGUGUGCAUCACCAAUGGCAAGUACCGCGCCGAGCUGGCCAACUCCUGCCUGCUGGAGACCUUCAACUGCGCCCUGCAGGUCUCCGGCGCCCAGCCCGCUGAGCUCUUCCGCCUUUUGCGCGAGCAGAAAUGCUAGACGGGAUCGCAAUGGUCGUAAAGUCGGAACAAUACACUGGACCAUCUUGUGUUUGAAAUAGCCAUCCUUUUGUUUCGAACAAGAAAAUAUAAUCCUACGAAUUUAUGAGACACGA